CCCACGCUUCCUCCACCUUUCGCCCGUACGCUGUGAACAUUCACUCAGUGUAGACUUAGUGAGAUACUUUUUUUCUAAACCAAAGGACAUUACUUCGAUGGCUGGAGAGGCGGGCGUAGUAGUUGCAAAUGCAGCAGAAGGUUCGGGAUCGUGGACUUCAAGCUCUGGUCAGACGAAACUCUCUAUAUACCCUACGCCCAUACCCGAACUUAUGCUACUCGACACCCCAUCGGCGUUAGAGAAGCGAAUUGGAAUGGUGCGGCGGGAAAUCACGGGUUACUAUACCGGCGUCCACUCCAAAGCGCAAGGUAUCAUAGACCGGUGGAUAUCUGUUGAAGAGAAGGUGGAGACUCGCAUAAAAUCCUUCCGUGAUCCUACAGAACCAUUAAACCCCGGACUGCUCUAUACCGGAAUUUCUGCCCUGACAACAUCUGUCCUCACUCGCUCGCGCGGGCUCCCUACACGCAUUCUUUUGCCGUCCGCAGCCCUAGCUAGCGCAUUCGUGUAUUUCCUUCCGGGUACUGCCUCUCGGGUCGGCGCGUAUGCCGAGGAGCUCGAAGAUCGUUAUGUUCCUCGCUUUGGAGAAAUUAGAAGAACCUCUGUUGCGCACAGCAGCAUAGCCUGGGAGCGCGCGAAAGAGGGUGCUGCUACUGGGCGAGAGUCGGUUAACAAUGGUGUGAAGAGUGUUGUGGAGAGCAUUGAACAAGGGACGGGUCUCAAGCUGAAAGCUAUGGGAUGGGCACAGGAAGUGAAGAAGGAGGCGCAGAGUGUUGCUGAUGUGGCUCAAAAGGAUAUCAAGGAGGCUUUCGAGAGCAAGAGCUCGAGUAGCGACUCGGAAGACUCCAAGAGAAUGGUAUAGAGUGCGAGACGGUCGUAUGUAUGGAAUAUUAUUCAUGUGGUCUCGCACAACCCUGCAGCACUGAUAGACUAACGUUCCGUAACGCUGGAAUAUCACACGUAGUGCUCGCAUCUUCAUGAAGUG